CGUCUGUCCACUGCCUCGGCCAAUCAGUGAACAGAAGCGAAGCUUGCGUCAUCCAGCAAACCAGGGUCGGCUCCGAAGCAGGACCCAAAAAAGAAAAAUAGCCGGUGGAAAAGCUCCGAAAGCGGGUCGAGCCGAGCUGAGCCGAAACGAGCCGGUGGAAAAGGGUGCACAGGUUCUGGACUCAGUCACGUGGUACGGCUUGCUCAUGCGGCUUCAAACGUCACAUCCUGCUCCAUGAACAAAAGCCUCGAUAGACACGUCAUAAAUAUCCUCCUGGUUUCCUCGACACUCACCCCGAAGCUUUGGCACAGAAACCACAUCGCUAGUUUUAGGCAAAUAUGUGAGUAUUUGCAAUAAAAAUGUCUUCAGUUCCGCCUCAGAGAGAGUUUAUCAACSAGCWGKWAACUCCUGCUGAAGAAACAUUCACAGAGUUGGAAGAAAUCCACGUCAAGUCCGAGGAAAAGAUGGAGGAUCAGCGCAGACCGCUGGAUUUCACACGGAUACCGAAGAUCAUCUUACACCGGAUAGAUCUCCAACAUUGCUGUGUGUGUAAAGAGGACGGGGAUCUCAAUGAGCUCAGCAACCAGGAGGGGAACUCAACUUUAAAAGAAGAGGAACCAGAACCUCUGCAGAUAAAACAGGAGCAAGAAGAACCAGAACAUCAACAGCUCAAAGAGGAAGAGAAGCAACUCUGCAUCAGUCAGGAUGAAGAGCAGCUUGUGCUGAAACAGGAGACUGAUGAAAUUUUGGUGAAUCCUCCUAAAGGGCAAAGAAUCCACAAGAAAACAGAACCAGAGAAGAACCAACUCAUCUCUCAUUGCUCUACUGAAGCUAAAAACCAGGAUCAGGAAAGAAGCAAUUCUGAAGAUCCAAGAAAAAAGAGAAAUGAAGAACAAAAACAGAGAUUUCAGAAAAACAGACAGCAGAAAGAUAAAACGGAAAGUUCAAAACAAAACACAUACAAGAAAGCUCACCCGGAACAAAAUCUAUAUUCUUGUAAAAUCUGUGAUGAAGCCUUUUCUCAAAGCACUUUCUUGACCACACACAUGAGAACUCAUACUGGCAAGAAGCCUUCCACAUGUUCAACUUGUGGAAAAACUUUCACACGCAAAUCUCACUUACUUUGUCACAUGAUGACUCACACAGGAGAGAAACGUUUCUCAUGUGUGACUUGUGGAAAAGGUUUCACGAGCAAAUUUCAGUUAGUUGAUCACAUGAGAAGUCACACAGGUGAGAAGCCUUUCUCAUGUGUGACCUGCGGAAUAAGUUUCGAACGCAAAUCAAACUUAAUUCGACACAUGUUGAUUCACACAGGUGAAAAGCCUUUCUCAUGUGUGACUUGUGGAAAAAGCUUCCAAUGGAAAUCUGAGUUGCUUCCUCACAUUUAUAUUCACACAGGAGAGAAGCCUUUCCCAUGUGUGACCUGUGGAAAAAGUUUCCAAUAUAAAAGCAGUUUAACUGGUCACAUGAGGACUCAUACAAAUGAGAAGCCUUUCUCAUGUAGGACUUGUGGAAAAAGUUUCUAUCAAAAAAUCUAUUUAAUGAGUCACAUGAGAUCUCAUACAGGUGAGAAACCUUUUUCAUGUCGGACUUGUGGAAAACGUUUCUAUCUAAAAAUCUAUUUAACUAAUCACAAAAGGAUUCAUACACAUGAGAAGCCUUUCUCAUGUGGGAAUUGUGGGAAAAGUUUUAGUCAUAAAGGUAGUUUAAUUAAUCAUAUUAGGAUUCAUACAAAUGAGAAGCCUUUCUCGUGUAGCACUUGUGGAAAAAGUUUCCGUCAACAAAGCAAUUUAAUUGGUCACAUGAGGACUCAUACAGGUGAGAAACCAUUCUCAUGUGGGACUUGUGGAAAAAGUUUCAGUCAACAAAGCAAUUUAAUUAGUCACAUGAGGACUCAUACAGGUGAAAAACCUUUCUCAUGUAGAACUUGUGGAAAAAGUUUCCAUCGUCAAAGCAAUUUAACUAGUCACAUGAGAACUCAUACAGGUGAGAAACCUUUCUCGUGUAGAACUUGUGGAAAAGGUUUUAGUCGAAAAGACAAUUUAUCUGUCCACAUGAGGACUCAUACACUUGGUGUUUCUUAUGUGCAGCCUGUGGAAAAGGCUUCCUUUUAAAUUGCCAGUUAACUGUUAACAUGGGAGCUCAUACAGGUGGACCGGCAUCAUCGGAACCUCAAGUUCCAAGAUUUUCAGUAACUCGCUGUUUGGAAGCAGAGUAUUUACAGCUGGAUCACAUUUUUAUAGCAUAGCAGCUUAAAGAAGAAAGCAUCUAAAAUGGGACGCUUAUCUAAAAUGCUUAACUCACUUUAUUCUGUCAGUUUUAUCUUUUUAUGUAAAAGGGUUUUUAAGUGACAUUUUCAAUGUUUUUGUCUAGUGAGUAAAAGGAUCCACCAUUAGUUGAAUACGGCCUAAAUAUGUGAUAAUUUUCCUGUGAACUAAAAAAUUGCUGUUUGCUGUACACCAAACCUCUUAAUUACUUCAACAAUGUUCAUCUUUUGUUAUAUUUUUCAUCCAUGGAGGUCGACAUUUUUUCGCUUGAUGGGUUGAUGAUGCAUAAUGGUCCAUUCUAUACUGGAACCUGCAGUACAGAAUGGCAGUCUGACAGAGUAUGCUCAUCUGACAGAAACCGGAUCUGAACAAAACUUCUGAAGGAUCUACAUUUGUGCUCUCAACAUUUCUCUCCAUAUGACUUUGAGUCUUUUGUACAAGCAAAACUGACAAAGGCCCUAACAGGUGAUUGUUACUGUGUCAAAUGGACUGUCUCUCUCUGACCUAGAAGUCAGGACUAAGCUAUUGUAAGCAUGUAUCCAACCAAAUGUUGAAAGGUCCCAGCUGUGAACAAUUUAGGAAACUGACAACAUGUCAGCAAAAUGCAACCCAAAAGAUAUGGGUCAACCAAAGAAGGAACUGGACUGGUGGAGAACGCCUCAUACGUGGACAGAUUUGAGUAAAAAUAUGCCGUGCUCUGCGAGAAUCUGGAGUUUCUGUGACAAUGUUGAGAAUAAUAUUUGUGUAAAGUCCGGAACCCUCCAAUGUUGGCCCAAAUAAAGCAGACAUAAACAGA